AGUCGUGUCAGCGCGGAUAAUGAAAGCUUUGUGAUUUCAAACGGACAAUCAGUCUGUUUAUUGCCAUGUUUUCUUCAGUUUUCAUCAGAGGGAGGACAGGCUUCCCUUGUGUUGCUGCUGCUGCUGCUGCUGCCUGAGGCUUGGUGUGUCAGAAGAGGGGACGCGGGGUCUUAAACCCGCUGGAGACUCAGGUCUGGACACGCAAGGAGGCAAACGCCCAUACUAUUUGUGACUAGUGGUGUAAUAUACGACGUAAACAUCACAGACAUCAGAUAGGCUGUGAAGGGAACAGGGCUGUCUUUUAACGCUUUGCUGGCAGCUGCCAACAUGAUUUGCAUGGGGGUUUAUUUUGGGGAAAACAGCUUCAACUGCCGUCGCAGUCAUUAUCCCCCACCUUAGAAUCCAUCGGAUUGUCUGCAGAGGUUUUCAUGUAAUAACGUUUCGUGCUACAGGACUGAAUUUAUGCUCGUUCAAGCCCUGACGAAGGACCAGAAUGUGGCUCACUGCAGGACUACUUUGGCGCACUGAAUGGGUGCAUUUACAGCUCCGCGUUUUGCCUCUCUCAUAGCUGCUAUUGGUCCGAGAAUCGGUUAUUUGACUUUGUGAGCUGUGCUGGAGUGCUGUUCGUGUUAGCACAUAUAUAUGUAAGCAUAUAAUAUAUUUUAAAUACGUGAAAGAAAUACCUUUGCUGUUUGCAGUGCCGACUGCGCCUUUUGGAACAUUUCUCUUGUACUUUGCUGUCGAAAAUGACUUUAAAUUCGACUUUCUUUGAGUGUAGCUUUAAAAGUUUGGGUAUAGUUGGUAACAUUUAAACAGAAUUAAUAUGGUAAUUACUUUUUAUGCUGGAUAAACUUCUCUUUUUUUCUCCUGGAGCCUUUGGAGAGCUCCCAGUUCCUUUGGAUACACCUGUGCACUUUGGAGAGGUCCAUUUGGAUCCAUAGCUCAAUUUUUGCAUUGUUUGGAUUCUGCGCGUGUGAAAAUAUUUUCCUAUCAUUUUUUCUGGUCCAGUCCGUAAGAAAGGGGUCUCUUUGACACGUACAUAGAACCAAUGGACCAACUGUAGCCUCCCAAAGAGGCUCCAGAGCUUGGCAAACGCACAAAACGCACCAGAAAGAGCCUAAGAGUUCAGUUGCGCACCUACUGACAGUUCCUUUUCAGUAUCAACUGUAUGACUACUGCAUGGACCAAAAUAAGUUGAAAUCAUAGGGGUAGGACAUGAUGAAUUUGAGGAGUGGGCUUAACUGUUUAAGGCCUUUGAUAUAGCAUUUUAAAAUGCCAAAUUGGAGCAUAAGUGUAUUUGAGGCCAAAUUUGGCAUUUUUGGGUCCUGGGGACUCUCUGGGCUCUUUAAAAAUGGUUUAGUCCAAUUUGGUCACCCCUACACAUUCAACAUACAUGGAAGUGUCCUUUUUUGCAGGGAUUGCUGGGAAGAAGAAGCAGGCUGUCGAGGUUGGGACUUUGGUGAGGGAGGUACAGGCACAGCCAGUCUGAAAAGGAAUCUUCCUGAUAAGGACCAGGGUCCCUUUAACAACCCAGGAGGAGGUUCCUGUGUGUGCCUGAAGAGAAGAAAUUCAAUACAUCCACAUCGUCUCAGCCACCUCAGCAUCUGCCUGGAAAUCAUGAUGGAAGACGAGAUCACCGAGGACCGGGCCAAGCUGAAGCAGGGCCUGGUCAAAGUGCUCCAGUGUGUGGCCACCAUCUCCUCAGCAGCGUCCGUGGUCAACCCCAUCUUUGGCGUCGCCGGUUCCCUGAUCCGAGUGGUCCUGCACCACAUCGAUGAUGAGGACAUCCGCACCCUGAAGCGCGAGUUCGGCUCAGUCAACCGGGCGCUGGACCAGCUGUCCCAGCUGAAUCGCAACACGCUGGUACAGAUCAAGAAAGAAACACUGGAUGGCCAGUACUGCCGCGUGGAGGAGAACCUGAAGAACCAGUUCAGAAAGUUCAUGGAGAUGGUGGAGGCGCGGCCGGAGCACCGCGAGCACAAGAAGGACGACUUUGAGGAAAGCUAUGCCAAUGACUUGGGAGACCAGAACCUGCACACGCUCUACGACGGUGUGGUGGGCAAACCGAAGCUUUUCAGCAGGCCAAUCCUGGAGGUCUACCUGAAACACUCGCAGGGCGACCGCCAGACUAUGGAGCGACUCUGCACGCGUCUCACCUACCUGUUCUGCAUCGGCCUCAUCGCCCUCAUGGGCUACGCUGCGAUCAUCGGAGACGACGAGGAGGGUCUGAGCGAGGAGUGGGCCGAGAAGAUGGAGCACGUGCAGGAGAAGAUGCAGGAGGCUCUUAGCAAGUGCAAAUGAAGAGCCACAAAGAGGAGCUUUGUGCACCCCUGCUUCUUCUUCACAUCCAGGACUCGUGUGUCCAAAUUCCCUCUGUAGCUCCUCCUUCUUCCUUUUCUCUCCCUGUAAGCAUCUGCGAUAUCUUCACUGUUUAUGAGCAAAUUCUUCAGAGAUUCUUUUCACAACACAAACUUGCUGCUCGCACAAGCAUACACAGUACUCAGACAUGUAUUCAUCUUGUCCAAGUUGAGGUAAAGACAACUAAAUUAUUAGUAUUUGCCUUGCUGGGUGACCAACAUGGAAAAGCAUGCCAGCGCUUUCAGCUGACAGAUACAAGACACUAAACAGCUGUGGGAUCAUUACAUGUAAUUCAAUUCAGUUCAAUUCAAUUUCAAUAUUUAUAUAGCACCUCAUACGAUCAAAAUUGUCUCUAGGUGCUUUACAGAAACCCAGAGCCUGAACCCCCGAGCAAGCAGACAGUGAUGAGGAAAAACAAUCAUUAAUCUACUCUGGAAAAAAAAUACAUUUAGAGCAAUGUAAGAAAACUACAUUUAGGCUUGAACAUAAACGUUAAAAGCUUUAACGUAAAUGUUAGAUGGACAGAUGUAACCAGCUUCGGUGUGUGAUAUUGCAGUGCAUCCCGUCCAUUAUGCACCUUUGGAGAGAAUUUGCCAUUUAUUGUAAUAUAUAUAUUUUAAUUACAUGUAGAACACUACAAGGACAUCACUGUGUUGGAAUUAGCCUGCCUGAACCCUCAACACUGGGGACCACCGUAUACAGUUUGAAGGGGAACAGGAAACCUGGCUGAGGCUGCUGUCGUGCAAAUGAUUCUCCACUAAAAUUCCCUCUUUUUAAUGUUAUGCCAUUGAUGUAAUAACUGCUAGAAGUCAACAAUUUAAAAAGCAAUGAGCAAAGCCAAAAGACGCACUAAACAUCCAAAUGUUUUCAGAGCCUUGAAUGUCACCACACCACUAUCAUCACAUAACCAUUACUACACAUUGGACGUGAUCAUACUGUGCCAUGCGCACAUUGACAAGAUAUGUCACAAAUAUUGUAUGUUUCUUAUUCAUUGAGUUCAUGACGCACUACGCAUACUGUUGGUGUUGUUUUACACUAAUUUCUGACGCUGCUGAGUUCUUUGCUUUUUUUCACUUAGAAAAAUGAAAACACUAAGAGUGCACAUAAAAUCUGAUUUAUUCUAACGCUACGCUGCUAUCUGGCCACCACAGAGGGAUACACUAAAUAUAAUUUGCCAUUUAAGAGAUUGUUUCAUGUGCUUCCAUUGUGAGUAACCCUAACUGUUUUGUGAUUCUUUGCACAGACUUUUAACGUCAUAUGAGAAGUCAUUAUGUCGCUGGAUUCCUUCAGCUCUCAACUUUUAUUUUCUGUUGCAUGUUCACUAAAGCCUGAAGCCUUACAGCCAUGCAGGAAGUGUUGUAAUCUAUAGAGAAAAUUAUCAGUGGGUGUCUCUGGAGACUAUAAAACAUCUAACGUCCAUUAUUUGUAGGUUUUGGGGUUUUUAUUUUCACAGUUAAGCCUCAGCAUCUGGAUUUUUUUUGGCUCUUCGUGCUUUUCAUGUUCUUCCUCGUCUGACCAACGGUGCCUACAUGUGACAUUUGUUUUAUUUCUUUUAGGGUUUUUUUUUUUUAUCUUAAUCAUUUAAAUACUGUGUAAGGUGUUAUGUUCUGAAAGGUCUCUAUGUUACAGUUAAGAUUUUAAAUAGAGUUAAAACUAUGUUUAUGAAGUGUAUUUUGUUUGUUUGUUCAGUAGCACCCAGCGGAUUUGGUUCGCUGAGUCAGCAAGUUGUAAAGAUUGUAGACUUAAGAUCUGAUUGACAUUAAUAAUAACUCUCCUCCUAACUGGUUUAUGGCUCUUUGCCACAUCUCUUAUUCAGAUACGCUACAAAACAUCGAGUCAAAAUGCUGUUGGUGUUGAAGAUUACUAUGUAAGAGCCUUUUUCGUAUUUGUGACUAUGUUGCCUUUUUUUGUUACCACUAUAAAUAAACAUGAGCGAACAACA